UCUCUUCCCCACCCCCUCCCUCUGUCUCCUCUUUGCAUGUCUGUGUGUCCGAGGGGAGGAAGAAAGGAAGAAAAGAGGGAGGGGAGGGAAGGAAAGAGAGACGAGCCCGGAUCACUGAGCUGGGAGCUGCCACCUCAACAUGGUGUAAGAUCGCCAUCCUGCAGCCUGGGCACAAGAGCGACGACGGCCAGAGAGCGGGGUACGCCGGAGACCAGGGGCCGCUGCACCCCAAUGAGGAGUCGGAGCCCUGCGAGGAGAACGUGAGGGAGGAGAGGAGCUCGCCCUGCUGUGUCUGGAUCCAGGGCGGGGAGGAGGGCACAGGCUCUGCCGGGGAUAGCACGCAAGGAACGGGCGACCAUGGCCAACGACUCGCCUGCCAAGAGUCUGGUGGACAUAGACCUCUCCUCCUUGAGGGAUCCGGCUGGGAUCUUUGAACUGGUGGAAGUGGUGGGAAAUGGCACCUAUGGGCAAGUAUAUAAGGGCCGACAUGUCAAAACAGGCCAACUUGCCGCUAUCAAAGUCAUGGAUGUCACAGAGGAUGAAGAAGAGGAAAUCAAACUGGAAAUCAAUAUGCUGAAGAAAUAUUCCCAUCACAGAAACAUUGCCACUUAUUAUGGUGCUUUUAUUAAGAAGAGCCCUCCAGGGCAUGAUGAUCAGCUGUGGCUUGUCAUGGAGUUUUGUGGUGCUGGCUCAAUCACUGACCUGGUGAAGAAUACUAAAGGGAACACUUUGAAGGAAGAUUGGAUUGCUUAUAUCUCACGUGAAAUCCUGAGGGGCUUGGCUCAUCUCCAUGCUCACCACGUGAUUCACAGGGAUAUCAAAGGACAGAACGUGCUGCUGACGGAGAAUGCAGAGGUGAAGCUGGUGGAUUUUGGUGUCAGUGCUCAGCUGGACAGAACAGUAGGCCGCAGGAAUACAUUUAUUGGUACACCAUAUUGGAUGGCCCCUGAAGUUAUAGCCUGUGAUGAGAACCCAGAUGCUACCUACGAUUACAGAAGUGACCUUUGGUCUUGUGGUAUAACUGCAAUUGAGAUGGCAGAAGGGGCACCCCCUCUUUGUGAUAUGCACCCGAUGAGAGCACUUUUCCUUAUUCCAAGAAAUCCUCCUCCGCGGCUAAAAUCAAAGAAAUGGUCAAAGAAGUUUUUUAGUUUUAUAGAAGGGUGUCUUGUAAAAAAUUACAUGCAACGUCCCCCUACCGAACAGCUUCUAAAGCAUCCAUUUAUAAGGGACCAGCCAAAUGAAAGGCAAGUCAGGAUCCAGCUUAAAGAUCACAUAGACCGGACCAGGAAGAAGAGAGGAGAGAAAGAUGAAACAGAGUAUGAAUACAGUGGAAGUGAAGAGGAGGAAGAGGAAGUGCCUGAGCAGGAAGGAGAGCCGAGCUCAAUUGUUAAUGUGCCUGGGGAAUCCACCCUUCGACGUGAUUUCCUGAGACUGCAGCAAGAGAACAAGGAGCGUUCUGAGGCAUUACGAAGGCAGCAGCUGCUGCAGGAGCAGCAGCUCAGAGAACAGGAGGAGUACAAGAGACAACUACUGGCAGAGAGACAGAAGCGCAUAGAACAACAAAAAGAGCAAAGGAGGCGACUCGAAGAGCAGCAGAGAAGAGAACGUGAAGCUCGGCGACAACAAGAAAGAGAACAAAGAAGAAGAGAGCAGGAAGAGAAAAAAAGAAUGGAAGAGAUGGAACGAAGACGUAAGGAAGAAGAGGAACGUAGAAGAGCUGAAGAAGAGAAAAGACGGGUGGAGAGAGAACAGGAGUAUAUCAGACGACAGCUGGAGGAGGAGCAGAGGCACUUGGAAAUCCUUCAACAACAGCUGCUUCAAGAGCAGGCCAUGUUACUGGAAUACAGAUGGCGAGAAAUGGAGGAGCACAGACAGGCAGAGAGGCUGCAGCGUCAACUGCAGCAAGAACAAGCGUAUCUUAUGUCUUUACAACAUGAUCACAGGCAGCAACCUCAGCAGCAACCGCAACCUCCACAGCAGCCGCAACCUCAACAACCCCAAAUGCAACAGCUAGAAAGAAUCAAGCAAAGUUAUCAUAUCCCAGAGUCUAAAGCCCACUAUGAUCAGGCUGAACGUGUGCGAGAGGCAGAAGAGCGCCUUAGGAAAGCUACCCAAGGCUCUCCUGAAGCACAGUCAAAGCAAACAGGGAGAGUGUUGGAGCCUUUAGUGCCUUCAAGAUCUGAGUCAUUUUCCAAUGGGAAUUCUGAGCCUUCUCAGCCUGCCAUGCAUAGGCCGGUGGAGCCUCAGGUCCAAUGGUCUCAUCUGGCAUCCCUCAAGAACAAUGUUUCCCCUGUCUCGCGAUCCCAUUCCUUCAGUGACCCUUCUCCCAAAUUUGCACCUCACCAUCUUCGUUCUCAGGACCCACACCCUCCCCCACGCAAUGAAGGUCUAAGUCAGAGUUCUGACCCUAAAUCUGACAUACCUGAGCCUAACCAAAGGGUUUGGGCUAGAUCAGACAGUGAAGAGGUGCCACCAAGGGUACCUGUAAGGACAACAUCAAGAUCCCCGGUGUUGUCACGAAGAGAUUCUCCUCUCCAGGGCAGUGUACAACAGAACAGCCAAACUGGACAGAGAAAUUCCACAAGCAAUAUUGAGCCCAGGUUGCUUUGGGAGAGGGUGGAAAAACUUGUACCCAGACCAGGCAGUGGCAGCUCUUCUGGAUCCAGUAAUUCCGGUUCCCAGGCAGGCUCCCAUCCAGGAUCACAGAGUGGUUCUGGAGAACGCUUCCGCAUGCGAUCAUCCUCAAAAUCAGAAGGGUCACCAUCUCAGCGUCCCGAAAAUACAGCCAAGAAGCCUGAUGAGAAGAAAGAAAUUGGAAGACCAACCAAGCCUACUGGAGAAGUGGACCUGACUGCUUUGGCAAAGGAGCUUCGUGCUGUGGAAGAUGUGCGACCUCUGCAUAAAGUAACAGAUUAUUCUUCAUCCAGUGAAGAAUCUGGUACCACCGAUGAGGAGGAUGAUGACAUCGAGCAAGAAGGCGCAGAUGAAUCAACCUCCGGCCCAGAGGAUGCCAGAGCUAUGUCUGCAUUAAAUUUGAGUAAUGGAGAAACGGAGUCUGUAAAAACAAUGAUUGUCCAUGAUGAUGUUGAGAGUGAGCCUGCCAUGACUCCUUCCAAAGAAGGCACUUUAAUCGUCCGACAGAGUACAGUUGACAAAAAGCGUGCCAAUCAACUUGAGAGCAAUGGCUUUGCCGGGCGCAUUCACCUCUUGCCAGAUCUCUUACAGCAAAGCCAUUCCUCCUCCACCACCUCUUCCCCAUCCUCAAGUCAACCGACACCCACCAUGUCCCCACAGACACCCCAGGACAAGUUAACUGCUAAUGAGACCCAGUCCGCUAGUAACACUCUUCAGAAACACAAAUCUUCCUCCUCAUUUACACCUUUUAUCGAUCCUCGAUUACUCCAGAUUUCUCCGUCCAGUGGAACAACCGUUACAUCAGUGGGUACAUACAUGCGCACACUGGAAGCUAACCUUAAAAAUACUAAUUUUAUUUUAGUGGGAUUUUCCAGUGAAGCGCUGAGGCCAGAUGCUAUGAGGCAGGAUCCCACAAGGAAAGGGUCAGUUGUUAAUGUUAAUCCCACAAACACAAGGCCACAGAGUGAUACACCUGAGAUUCGCAAAUACAAGAAGAGAUUUAAUUCUGAAAUACUAUGCGCUGCACUAUGGGGUGUAAAUUUGUUGGUCGGCACAGAAAGUGGAUUAAUGCUGUUAGACAGAAGUGGUCAGGGAAAAGUCUACCCUCUCAUCAACAGAAGGCGAUUUCAGCAAAUGGAUGUCCUUGAGGGUUUAAAUGUGCUGGUUACAAUAUCAGGAAAGAAGAACAAGUUAAGAGUGUAUUACUUGUCUUGGCUGAGAAACAAAAUUCUCCGCAAUGACCCAGAGGUUGAGAAGAAACAGGGGUGGACAACUGUUGGUGAUUUGGAAGGUUGUGUGCACUAUAAAGUUGUAAAAUACGAGCGCAUCAAGUUUUUGGUAAUUGCUUUAAAAAGUUCAGUGGAAGUUUAUGCCUGGGCACCAAAGCCAUAUCACAAAUUCAUGGCCUUUAAGUCAUUUGGAGACUUGGUACAUAGGCCACUGUUAGUGGACCUGACUGUUGAAGAAGGACAACGGCUAAAGGUGAUUUAUGGUUCCUGUGCAGGCUUUCAUGCUGUUGAUGUGGACUCAGGAGCAGUCUAUGACAUUUAUCUACCAACACAUAUCCAGAGCAGUAUCCAGCCACAUGCAAUUAUUAUUCUCCCAAAUACAGAUGGCAUGGAGUUGUUGGUUUGUUAUGAAGAUGAAGGAGUUUAUGUUAAUACUUACGGCAGGAUCACCAAAGAUGUGGUUCUACAAUGGGGAGAAAUGCCGACCUCUGUUGCAUACAUUCGAUCUAAUCAGAUAAUGGGAUGGGGCGAAAAAGCCAUUGAAAUUCGAUCUGUUGAGACUGGUCACCUUGAUGGAGUUUUUAUGCACAAAAGGGCACAAAGACUAAAGUUCUUGUGUGAACGAAAUGAUAAGGUUUUCUUUGCUUCUGUGAGGUCCGGUGGAAGCAGUCAAGUAUAUUUCAUGACCCUGGGCAGGAGUUCUCUUUUGAGCUGGUAACAAGUGGAACUGCUGACCUCUCCCCUACAGUCUUCGUAAUCUCCGUAACUUGAAAUCAUUUGCAACUGGAGUACAACCACAUUCGUUUAGUGGAAUUUAUGUUUCUAACAUGGGGAGAAGAUUACAGAAGCUUGAUGCAGCUUGCAAGGCAGCUGGGGCUGUAAUUCCUUUGUUGGGUGCUACAAACAUCUGAGGGUUGUACUAACUUAGACACUUCCUCUUACUUAAAAUAAGUUGUGGGUAAGACGUGAAAGAAUACACACUAAAAGCACCCCUUCACCAUGGAAAAAUGGAAUUGAACACAGUCCAAGAGAACUUAUCAAGCCUUUCUGACAAUGCACAGCCAGGCUUACUAAUAUUUCACUUAUUUAAUUUAGUGUUUUUUCUGUUUGUUUUCUUAUGUUGAUUAUGACAAAGGAAAGUUCCUAUAAUAAACUGUAUUUAUAAAAUGUGAAAGGCAGCAGCUAACAUUUGUUGUUUUUAUCUUUUUAUUUUUUAUUCACACACACACAGUCUUGGGCCAAUGUUGUGAAUUGUAGAAUUUUGCCUUUAUACUUUUAUUUUAUUUUAUAAAUUCUGCAUCCCUACACAAUGUGUCUCAGUAUUAGCGCUGCCUCACCCAUAGCAUUUAUUGAGUUCCUUCCUAGAAAUCCACAGUAAGCGUGCACACAGUAAAGUUGUCCUAAAUCUGUACUGUAGAAAGGGAACAAAACAGGGUUGUGGAGUUGGACAUUGCAGGCAAAUUCCAAUCAACUUAUUUUUUUUCUCCUACCUCAUUCGGAGUGAUGCACAAACCCCUUUUGAGCCAUGACACCUGCACAAUAUUUGCAGACAUCUUGGCCACUCAAGGGCGUGAUGAAGAGAUUGACUCAUUUUUGCUUAAAUAUCAGAUGAAUGUGUAACUCUAAUACCAAAUUUAUGCCAGCCUGAUCUCAUUAGUUCAUCUACCCUGGCAGAAGUUGGCAUUAAUAGCGGCACAAAAUAGCAAUGCGAUGGUGACAGAACACUUAAAGGGUUCGUUGGCUUUCACUUUUUAUGUGUACUAUUUUCACACAAACCCGUAGGGCUUUCUUUUUUGGGGAAAACCAGAUGUAGCAUCAAGGAAGAUGGGUUUUAGGCUAGUUCUCUAAAUUCUAAAGUGUAGGUCACUAAGGGGGGGUUAUGGGAUGGUUGGCUUAAUCAUGAAUGGGGAGGUGUAUUUUUUUUUUUGUUUUGAAGAAUGCAAUGCACUAAAACAAUUCUAAGAAUGUAGUUAAUACUUAACAGACAUGCCAUACCUGUGUUUAGAUGUACGAUUCCCGGUUCUGACUUUUUAAUAAGAAUAUAAAAUAGUCAGCUUUAUUUUAUGAGAGUUUUGACAUUUGUAAUAAAUGUCAGGACAGGGAAUGACCUGCUUAAUGACUUCCAUAUUCUUUACUUGAGGUUCCCGGAGUGUACAGUUGUGGUUCAUGUAGCAAUGCACAGUGUCAUUCAACCCUUUUUUGACGGACUUUCUUUUUGGUGUGGAGUACAUUGUUGACGGCUGCCUUAUGCUGUUCAUUUGUGAACAGUUUCUCUUUUUAAUAUAGAAAUAGACUACUCUUCCUUUGUUUCUGCCAUUGUAUUAAAGCAUUGUUUUGAUUUGCCUUUGAUUUCCAUACAGUGAUGGGAUGAAGUGGACUAUGGUAGUGCUGGUUUACUAGUGAGAAAGGGAACAGACGGUAAGAGUUAAUAGGUUUAAAAUAAAAACUGGCCAAUUGACCUGUUCCACCAGUCCUCCAAAUGUGCGCACUUCUCUGCAGUCACCCCUCGCAUAUACACAUUCAUUCAAGUGGUAUGAAAGCCUUAUUUUUAAUGGCAGAAAUAGAAUAUUGGAAUUUUUUUUUAAAUUUCUUUUAGAAGCACUGAAAAGUAAUGUUCAUGUGUACAUUUUGUUGUAAAGGGCAGUAUACAUAUUAAAGAGCAGAGUUUGUAAGCUUUCUAAAAAUUGGCCUCCACAGCAGAUUCCAUUCCUUACGUCUGUUUUCAGUGAGCCCAAUACAAUCUAAAUAAUCAUUUGAAAAAAUGUUGGGUUUUUGUUGGUGGUUUUUGUUAAACCUACUGAAGUGGAGAUUAACUGGAGAAGUUGAAGCUUUGGAAAUGUCCAUUAUUACAGCAAGUAUUGGUUGAUUUGCAUAAGUCUACUUGCUCUUUUAGCCAAAUAAUUCCAGAAACUCAUCCAGUUUAAAACCAGUAUUAACAGCAAAAACCACUAUACGUCAGGAAGCAGAAUGCAUAUGCUCUUUAAUUUAGUUAUGUCAUAAGAAAUUACUGAAACUGUAUGACUGCAGUGUUGCUUAUUUUUUUUGUUUUAUGCACAUGUGACAUUGGAGAAAAUGUUUACAUUUUUGUUAAACUAAUGUGCAUCACAUAUUUAUGGUUUUUUAAGUGAGUUUUUGCAUAAUUUUAGUAAUAAACAUUUUGUGACCUAUAACCUCAUUUUUUCAUUAAUAGUGCGAAAAGGCAACAGUGACAAACUGCAUAAAAUUACUAAUUGUGUAACUGCAAAGCAGACUUGUGUCAAGUAAACAUUCUCAGACAUUUUGCAGUGAUAUCUAACUUAUGUCUACUGUGUUUCAUGGAAGUUCCUAUUUUCCCAAUUUUUUCCCCCUAAAUAAAGUAAAAUUGACACCUAA